CAAUCCUCUCCCCGAGUUACUUCUCCAAAUUAAACUCUAUCUAUUUACUACUUUAAAGAUGGUUAAUGCUGUCGCUCUCUUAAAAGGCGCUGCCUCCGCUGCUACUGGUCUCGUCUGGUUCACACGUCAUGGUGACUAUACAAGCAUUUAUGCCAAUGUUACUGGUGUACCACCUGGUCAACAUGGUUUCCAUGUUCACCAGUUUGGUGACUUGAGUCAAGGCUGUGAAUCAUUAGGCGGUCACUUUAACCCUUUCAACAACAACCAUGGUAGUCCAGAAGACAAGAUCAAGCACGUCGGUGACUUUGGGAAUGUUGCUGCAGACAAACAUGGCAACAUACAUUUUCAAGUGACAGUAAACACGCUUGAGUUUGAAGGGCCUAACUCAAUAUUUGGCCGAGGUAUCAUUCUUCAUGCUGAUCAAGAUGACCUUGGACGCGGUGGAGAUGAAGGUUCCCGGUUGGUCGGAAAUUCAGGUGCUCGCUUGGCUUGCGGGAUUAUUGGAAUUGCUGCCGAAGAUGACAAUUUGGAUUAACACUUAUUCAAUACAUCAUGCAUGUGUAUCUUAGAUUUUUAACAAACUAAUUACAGUAUGUACCUACAGUAUACAUAUUUGUUGCCAGAAUUUUCGUAGACAUAAUGUAGCACAACAAUACAGUAUGCAACAAUAAAGAAUCAUUGGAAUUAAUGU